AUGGUUGUGAACACGGAAAAAGAAAGGCCCAGACAGUAUUACACCAACCUCUUAAAACCAUGCAAAGCAAGGGGGACCCUCGGAAAGCUGACCAUUGUGCAACAUGUCUUCAAGACGCGGAAUCCCACGGAAUUUCCAGCCACAGAAGGUGGCCUCUUCGGAGACUUGGAUGCACCCCCGAUUCUUAGUGCUAAGGCGAAACCUCCUGGCUCCCUCCUUCCCGGCAACGGCCGUCUGUCCCGGGGCCCCGAGGAAGCCCGCGAUCCGAGCAAGAGGCGCCUGGAAGCGGAGGAGCCAGCUCGAGCCACCCCGCCGGCCUCCUUACCGGAGCCCCGGCGCCACCAGUCCCUUGCCUCGAGCCAGCGCUCCCCACUGCUCCCGGAGCCCACGGAGAUCCCCGAUGCCCCAGCGGGAGCAGCCCAGCCCCCCCAGGGAUGCGCGGGGGGUCCUUCCGCCGGCCCCCUCCACCUACCUGCCCGGCACCUCCUCCCUGCGUCCCGCACUCCCGGCCCAUCCUCGGCGGCGCAGAACCCGCGCAGCAGCAGCAGCCGGCAGGUCCCACAUCGCCCCGUCGGAGCGAGGCUCGCAGCCCGGCUCUUCCCCGCCCGGGGGGAGGGGCAGGAGGGGGCGGGGCAUGAAGCCGACCACGCCCCCCGUCCCAGAGUUGGUCUGCCCCCCCCCCUGCCCCGCGUGUGCGAUGCGUGUGAGAACCCAGAAAGCAGCGAAGCCUUUAUGGCGAUCCCUUCGGGCACCUGGCUGGGCAGCGGCUCCCGCGGGGAGUCGGAUUUCCGCGGAGGAGUUGAAGAAUAUCGCUUCAUCCAGACCCACCUUUCUCUGGAUAAUCUGGGGUCCAGUCGGAUGUUCAGGGGCUCUCUGGCUUUGUGUGCCCGAGCGCUGAGCCUCAUUUUCGAGAGCAAUCCCAAACAAGGCGCCGGCGGGGCGGAGUUCGAUUCCAGUUUGCGAAAGUCCAGUUCUCGGGCGCAAAAGUGCAAAGACACCCCCGCGUUCAUCCUUCUGUGCGUGUUGGAUGUCGUAGUCGCCUCUUCCCCCGCGCGAGCCCGCGGGGUGUCACUCCUCCGGGAUGACCUCAGCCCCGGCCCCAGCCCGGCGCCUCACUCGCUUCGGGCGUCCGCCGAGCCUGGCUGCUCGCGGGGGCCGCCGGACGAUGGCAGCCGGCCGGCACCCCUGAGCCACUCCCGCCGCCUGGAGCUGUCCGCGGCGCGGGAAGCGGCCCAGCGACCCGCUGCCCUCCCUCCGGCCACUGCCCAGCCAGACAAGGUCGCUUCUCCCGCCCUUCUGGCCGCGCCCUCGUCAGCCGGGAUGUGUCCGUCGGCCUGGGUGGCGCUGGCGGCGUGCCUGGCGGCGGGGGUGCGCGGCGGCGGGGGCGGGCUGGGCAUGUUCGCCGUGCCGCCGGCGCCGCAGCCGGACCCCUGCUACGACGAGACGGGCCAGGCGCGCCGCUGCAUCCCGGACUUCGUGAACGCCGCCUUCGGGCAGGAGGUGAGGGCGUCGAGCACGUGCGGCCGCCCUCCGGCGCGCUACUGCGUGCUGGGCGAGCCCGGCGGGGGCGAGGAGGGCCGGGGGCGCGCGUGCCACGUGUGCGACGCCGGCGACCCCCGGCGCGCGCGGCCGGCCGCCUACCUGACCGACCUCAACAACCCGCACAACCUGACGUGCUGGCAGUCGGAGAGCUUCGUGCAGCACCCGCGCAACGUGACGCUGGCGCUGGCGCUGGGCAAGAAGUUCGAGGUGACCUACGUGAGCCUGCAGUUCUGCUCGCCCCGCCCGGAGUCGAUGGCCAUCUACAAGUCCAUGGACGGCGGCAAGGCCUGGGUGCCCUUCCAGUUCUACUCCACCCAGUGCCGCAAGAUGUACAACCGGCCCAGCCGCGCCCCCAUCACCAAGCAGAACGAGCAGGAGGCGGUGUGCAGCGACGCGCCCGCCGACCCGCGGCCCCUGGCCGGCGGCCUCAUCGCCUUCAGCACCCUCGACGGCCGGCCCUCGGCCCACGACUUCGACAACUCGCCCGUCCUGCAGGACUGGGUCACGGCCACCGACAUCAAGGUGGUCUUCGGCCGCCUCCACACCUUCGGCGACGAGAACGAGGACGACUCGCAGCUGGCCCGCGACUCCUACUACUACGCCGUCUCCGACCUGCAGGUGGGCGGGCGCUGCAAGUGCAACGGCCACGCCGCCCGCUGCGUCCGCGACCGCGACGGCGGCCUCGUCUGCGACUGCAAGCACCACACCGCCGGCCCCGAGUGCGACCGCUGCAAGCCCUUCCACUACGACCGGCCCUGGCAGAGGGCCACCGCCCGCGAGGCCAACGAGUGCGUCGCUUGCAACUGCAACCUGCAUGCCAGGAGGUGCCGUUUUAACAUGGAGCUCUACAAAUUAUCUGGCCGCAAGAGUGGAGGUGUUUGCCUGAAUUGCCGGCACAACACGGCAGGGCGUCACUGUCACUACUGCAAAGAAGGCUACUAUCGGGACAUGACCAAACCAAUCACUCACAGGAAAGCAUGCAAAGCAUGUGAUUGCCAUCCCGUGGGUGCAGCUGGGAAAACCUGUAAUCAAACCACAGGGCAAUGCCCCUGCAAAGAUGGCGUGACGGGCAUCACUUGCAACCGAUGUGCCAAAGGUUACCAGCAAAGCAGAUCUCCCAUUGCCCCCUGCAUAAAAAUUCCUGUUGCUCCUCCCACUACAGUGGCCAGCAGCACAGAAGAACCUGCAGACUGUGAUUCGUAUUGCAAGGCAUCCAAAGGGAAGCUGAAGAUCAACAUGAAGAAGUAUUGCAAGAAAGACUACGCUGUCCAGAUCCACAUCCUGAAAGCAGACAAGGCAGGAGAAUGGUGGAAGUUCACAGUCAAUAUCAUCUCUGUGUACAAACAAGGGACAAACCGAAUACGGCGUGGUGACCAGAUCCUUUGGAUACGCUCCAAGGACAUUGCCUGCAAAUGCCCCAAAAUCAAACCCAUGAAGAAAUACUUGCUGCUGGGCCAUGAUGAGGACUCUCCUGACCAGAAUGGCAUCGUAGCAGACAAAAGCAGCCUUGUGAUACAGUGGAGGGACACGUGGGCUAGGAGGCUGAGGAAGUUCCAACAACGGGAAAAGAAGGGGAAGUGCAAGAAAGCCUAGAGGGUGAGAUAGAGACAUGAAGAGAGACUGCAGACGCUGCUUGGGU